CCUCCCCUGUGGCCCCUUUUCCGUUUUCCUGCAGCAGUGCGAAGGUGGGGGCCCUCUCCCCGUAGCCUGCCAUGAAGUUUUCCCUGCGCUUCUGGUUCCUCUCCACGGCUUUUCUGCUUGUCUUUGUCAUGUCGCUGCUCUUCACCUAUUCCCACCACAGCAUGGCUUACCUGGAUCUCGGUGGGCUGAACGGCCUCCACCGGGUGAAGCUUGUGCCCAGUUACACUGGCAUGCAGCGCCUGAGCAAAGAGGGACUCUUGGUAAAGAGCUGUGCCUGCCACCAGUGCACCAUGGAGACUGGCGACACAGCUUGGUUUGACAACCGCUACGACAGCAACAUCUCCCCAGUGUGGACCAGAGAGAACGUGGAUUUGCCGCUGGAUGUCCAGAGGUGGUGGAUGAUGCUGCAGCCCCAGUUCAAGUCCCACAACCUGAAUGAGGUGUUGAGCAGGCUCUUCCAGAUUGUUCCUGGGGAGAACCCAUACAGCUCCUGGGAAUCCCAGUCCUGCCGGCGCUGCGCUGUGGUGGGCAACUCCGGGAACCUGCGAGGCUCCGGCUACGGCCAAGAAAUCAACAGACACGACUUCAUCAUGAGAAUGAACCAGGCGCCGACGGUGGGCUUUGAGGCAGAUGUUGGGAGCAAGACGACCCACCACUUCAUGUACCCAGAAAGUGCUAAGAACUUGCCUGCCAAUGUCAGUUUUGUUCUGGUGCCCUUCAAAGCCUUGGACCUGCUGUGGAUUGCCAGCGCCCUCUCAACUGGCCAGAUCCGAUUUACUUAUGCCCCAGUGAAGCCAUUCCUCCGGGUGGACAGAGAGAGGGUUCAAAUCUACAAUCCAGCGUUCUUCAAAUAUAUCCAUGACCGGUGGACAGAGCAUCAUGGCCGCUACCCAUCCACAGGCAUGCUGGUGCUGUUUUUUGCACUACAUGUUUGCGAUGAGGUGAAUGUCUUUGGGUUUGGGGCAGACAGCCACGGCAACUGGCACCAUUACUGGGAGAACAACCGCUAUGCUGGGGAGUUCCGGAAGACUGGCGUGCAUGAUGCAGACUUUGAGGCACACAUUGUUGACAUCCUGGAGAAGACCAACAAGAUCAAUGUUUAUCGUGGCAACUGAGGUGUCGAACUGCUGCUUGGAAGUCUGGCUGCCAGUGGAUGGGUCAGGAGCGAGGGUGGGCUUCCAGCAGAGAUCCCCCUGCACCCUGAUGCACCGUUUUUCAAAGCUGUUCCUUGGAGAGGAUGAAGACAAAAUGUGUGCUUAGGGAGGGAGUGAACUCCACAGCCAGGGAAGUUCCGGUCAAGCCAAUGCAGGCAGCCUGUGGAGAGCAGCCCAGCUCCUCCUUCCUCUGAACGCAGCCAACGAAGUGCAGGGCUUCUGAAACAGCCCCAGAGGAGAGAGAAGACCGGUGGUGGCGGCAGCUCAGUUUGCUCCUCUUUCCUUGCUUCUGCCCACGUCUAAGUGCUGACUAAGAUUGAGGCCCCUUUUUGCCUCCUUUUCAGUUCCAACAAGCACCACUGGCUUCAUAUCCAGACGCUUUUUUAAAUUAAGCUUUUCUUCAGUGAAUGAGAAUAGCUUCCUGCCUUUGCCCUGGGAAGUUAAUUUUGUUUUUCUUUUUUGUACAAUCGGAUGCCAGGCAGCUGGAUUGCAUUUUUGUUACGAUCGUAUAAACUUGUGGCAAGCUGUCAGCAGAAACCUUGGAGGAGAAGCUGGAAAGACCCUCUGGGUAUUCUGGAGAUGCGUGAACACUGACAUCUAGCUCCUGGUGAAGUGUGUUUGGGACGAGGGUGUGUUUUUGUUCCAGGAGCAUCCAAGAAAUCCUGCCAAAAGCACUCAGAUUCUGCAAGCUGUGACUUGGACUCUUUGUUUUUGUUCUGCCCUCAGAUAAGGUCACACCCCUCCUGGCUUUGGGUGAACAGAGGAGCCCUCCAGUUCGUGUCAGCCCACACCUGUCCUACCUCCCUCUUUCUGCUCUGCACCUGCCUAGUCCCAUGUUCUGCUCAUGGUAGGGAUGCCAGCAAGAUGUGCUCUUCAGAUCUCUGGGGGGGGAGUGCUCCCCCUCCCAGUUCCAGCCUUUCUCUGGGGAAGGAGGGGCAGAUGUGGCUACCGUCUUUUCACGAAUGGGUCGUUUUGAGUCAGAAUCCUGAUGCCUUCCAGGCUUUAAUCCACAAGUGACUAACAUUUGUAGACCACUUUCUGCAAAGGAGCAGUCAGAGCUGGCAAUUUUAUUCCCACGUUCACCUUGUUAACCGAAGGGAGGUGACAGACCUGUCAUGGGUGCUUUUGGGUGGGUUUACUCCUGCCAGUUCCAUUAGACUGCUGGCCCUUCAUUGGGAGCAAGAGAAGGUACUCUGAAGUACUCAGGAAGGUACUCUGGGCUGCCUUUUCUUGCUCAGGGUGCAAAAAAAGGUGGCUUCAGUUGCUUUGGAGAUUAAGGUUGUGUAGACAAAUGGCAAGACCAAGAUGCCUGCAAGGGGUUCUGUUCAAAAGGGCAAACCCAACAAACAGUAUUAAAUCAGAGUUUCUUUCUUAAAAGAAUUGAAUUCUGUAGCAUGAAAGAGCUAUGGAUAACCGAUGGCUUUUGUUACAAGCAUGACUAACAAUACUUUCCCAAGAGAUAUUUGGAGCACUAGAAAGUAAGAAAUUGCAGCAGUCAGAGACCUGAAUCUUGUUUAUAGCCAUGACUAGAUGGCCUUGGCGGGUAAAUGGCUUCCAUCAGGCAGCCGGGGCACCUUUCUGUGGUCCUGUCAGAGCUGAAUGUGUCCUCUGCAAUGGUGCUGGGUUGCACUUGAACCUCUGGGUCAGUCCGUACCUCCAGCAUCAAAUCUGGCCUUAUGGCCUUCGGCAUUUGGGUUGUAAUUCUCCCUUUGGUGUGGCCUAGAGGUUGCUCUGAACUCUAGCUCGGUGUCUUUAAGACCUGCAGAUGCUUGCAGCCAAGGAGAUGGCAGGGUUCGAGUGUGCAUGCUUUGCUGGCAGAGGCUUGAACAGGAUCCCCUUGAACUUUCUGCCGCCUUCUCCUGGCCAUUCUCCUCAGAAGAGGUUGGCUAUCUGGAGAAAGGUCAACUGACUGUUCACUGAGAUGGGACAGGCUGAUGAUUGCGAGUAACAUCAGGACUGAAAGUGUCCACAUGACCUGGUGGAGGCACUCUUGAUGGCCUACAAAUUUCAUGCUGCUUUGAUUCUGGUAACCAGAAUCGUGUGACCUUGAGCCCUCUCCCCCUUGAUUCCUACAAGUGAGGUACUGGCCAGAAGCAUGGCUAUGGUGCUCCCUUGUCCCUGGGCUUUUGGGCUCCAGGGCUGGGAGCCACAGCACUCUGGUGACUUCUUCCCACAGCAGGUGCAAGUCAACCUCCCGUUGACCAUUGUACUGUUUCCAGGGGGCGUCCCUAGUGAACUGUUGAUAGCUGUUUGCACAUGCUUAUCCCACAGUCCCUGGAUGGCACAGCAUGGGCUGAUAGGGAGGCUGGCUAACCCAGGGGCUUCUGCAACUGGCAGAAUGGCUGUCUGGCUGCAUGGAGGCUGCAAUUAUUUGUUGGACUGGACCUACACCAGGUGCCAGAUCAAGGGGUGACAUUUUGAAGUAGGAAGAUCAUCUGGUACCUGAUGGUCCAGCCCUGGGCUUCUUCCUGUUCUAGAAUAACUCCUUGGCAAAUCAGCUGCUGUUUCAGCUCCAGACAUUUGGAGCCUGGCUAUCCAUUCCGUUCGGUGGUGCAGAUCCCGGGCUUGUUUUCUGACUGGCUCACGAUUAUAGGAAGUGUGCUCGCUGCCUGUUUCUUGCAGAUCUUACAGGCUAAGGCUGUCACGGAGCCAAAGUGGUUGGUUUUCCUUCCUGCCUAGAAACUUGCCUCUGCAGCUGCCUGCACUUCAAAAUCAGUGUUGUGUGCAGUGAUGCUGCCCCUUGUUUUGUAUUUUUUAACUUCACAGGCUACAGUUUGGAAGAAAUUUGUUUUAUGUUCUGCUUAUACAAAAUAAAAGCUGUACUUUUUCCUUC